AUGGACCUGUUGCAGCCGCCCCUGCUUCCGCAAACGUCGCUUGACGAGUUCGACCCAUCUUUUCAAAGAAUCGACGGCUGGCCGUGGCCUGGGAACAAUCUGGACGGCUCGCAGCAGUCCUGCGGAAUGGAUUUGGAGUUCGACGCCGCAAUGGCUGCGCUGUUGGCGGAACCCGCGGUGAGAAUUCCCUGCUCCGCGCAAGACCUCCGUGCACCUGUACCAUCAGCGCAAACUGCUUCCGCGCAACCUUCCGCCCUCGGCGCAAGCGCGUCUCCGGGAACUGGAUGGCGCGCGCCCGCAGAAGCCCUCCCCGCAGCACCUCCAAUUGCCGUUCUUCCGCCGAAGCCCGGCGCAACCGUGGCGGAGGCUUUUGCGCUGGCAGCCGCGGGCGCGGCGGGCGUGGCGCGAGCGGCGGAGCCAACAGCAGCGCUGGCGGAAGCUGCCCCUCCCCCCACCGCCACAUCAGGCGCAGGUAGCACAGGACUCAGCGAUAACAGCAGUCUAGGGUCCGAAGCGGUCAUUGCUCCGCUAUCGGCAAUUUUUGAGUCGCCAGCAGGGGAGUAUACCAAUGCGGAGCUGCUGCUGGCGAUGCUGUUGCUUCAGCAGCAGCAGCGCGCUGGGAGCCUCGCGGGCGCAGCAGGUAGCAGUCUCGCACAGGCAGCUAUCUCUCCUGCUACAGCGACCACCGCCGGUGCUAACGGUCGUGUUACUGGCGGUCGGGAUGGCGGCGGUGGUGGCGGCAGUGGCGCGCAGGCAGUAGUGCUUCCAGCGAACAACGACACUACCUACAGUCGUCCUGCUGCUGCUCUGCAUGGUGGUGGUGGUGGUGGAGGUGGUCGUGGCGGUGGUGGCAGCGGCAGCGUCGCGCUGCAUCCGUUCGAUGUCAUGCUCGGGAUGGACGGACAGGAUCGCUCGGGAGGAGCAGGAGCAGGAGGAGCAGGAGGAGCAGCAAGAGCAGGGCCACCAGGAGCAGAUGUGGCAGCAGCCGCAGCAGCAGCAGACAUGACAACCAGAGCAGCUCAUGUGGAUGGCACUGUAUCGGAUGCUGCAGUAACGAGGCUUUUAUUGGAAUGGAUAGCGAUGCAAGACACGACUGCGACGGGCACAGGCCCUGGAGAACCCCCUUUGCAGUUCCCCCACUGCCUCUCGCACCACCCUCUUCCUCAAAAUAUCAUUAAAAAUCUUUCCGCCCCCUUUUCCCGAUCCCUUCCCCCGGCCCCCGCGCCACCCGCUCCUGCCACUGUUCUCCCACUGGGCUCUUCGCGCAUUCCCCUCCCCACUCCGCCGCCUGCGCCCCAGGGCAUUGCUGGCGGAACGGAUACUGGCGGAAGUGCUGGCGGAACCUACACUGGCGGGAUUGCUGGCGGAAGCUCUGCAGCAGGGGCCAUGGGUGUGGGGACGUCAGGAGGGGCGGGUGCGGAUUCAGGUGGGGCAGGGGAGGCGAUGACGUUUGAGGCAGCGGCGCAGCAGCUGUUCCUCGCCACUGCGCCUGCUGCUCUGGGAGGGAGGCGGGGAAGGGGGACGUUUGAGGCGCUUGGAGUGGCACUGGCUGCACUGUUGGAGAGGAGUGUAGGGGCGUGGGCGGUUGAGGGGAGUGCGGCUGAUGCGAAGGCAUCAUGGGCUGGAGGAGCCUGUGCCUCAGAGCCGGUUCUGCAGGAAGCUGCUGCUGCUGCUGCUGGUUCUGGUUCUGCUGAUUCCCGUGAUCCCGCUGGUGCUUCUGAUGCUGGCCGUGCUCCUGAUUCUGCUGGUAUCGAUGGCAGUGGUGAUGGUUACGAUGGGGUUGAUGGUGCGGAUGCCACAGGCUGUGAUGCGCCGGUGAAUUCCCAGGUGAAUUCCCAGGUGCAGCCCAGCAGGAAUAAGGCGUCCCUCCGCACGCAAGCUCGCCGCACCCCUGAUCUGUCGGCGCGACUGAAAGGGCUUCUUGGAGUGAUAACCACCUCCUCUCUUCCCAGCAGCCAAUACCGCGCUGCCACGUCAGCAGCACAUCCAGCGUCAGUGGCACCAGGAGCAGCAGGAGGAAUGGCAGAUGCUGUGAGGGAGCGUGUGGCAGGUUGUAUGGUUUCAGGUGACCCUGCAGAUGCAAACGCGGCAGGUGCGGUGGUGGCAGUGCAUGUGGCAGGUGCGUUAUUUCAAAAGCUCUCAAGUGUGCAUCUCUCCUCCCACCAGGUGCGGUGGCGGCACUUCAUGCGGCAGGUGCGGAGGGAGGCGGCAGCGGGGGGGGACACGCUGCAGCGCAUUGCCUUCCAUGCGCUCCAGGCGCUGCGGGCCCGCACCGACGGAACCGCAAUUCAGCAGUUCAACAGCCCUCGCGCUUGCUCCGCCGAGGGCAUCAUGGAGCUGAUGGGCCACGACAGUGCUUACAGCGUGCCGUCCUUUAUGGAUUACAACUAUUCAGCACAGGUGCAUGAGAUAACCCGAGCUUUCAUAGAGUCUCCCGGUAAUGCCGCUGCAUCAGCACCAGAAGCAGCUGCAGGAACUUCUGCAGCAGCAGCAGCGGCAGCAGCAACAGCAGCAGAGACAGAAGGAGCAGCAGAAGAGGCAGCAGCAGCAGGGCAGGCAGGGAGUGCAGCUCCCUCCCCUGCACCUCCUGCCGCAACAGCAGACGCCAACACAGGCACCAGCACCAGGGGAUGGGAGCGACCAUACCCAUCGGCCCCCACCCCGCUGCUCAAGAUCACAGCCGUCGAUUUCAACACAGUGAAGCUCGCAUCUCAACGGUCAGGAAUGGUCCACCUGGGAGGCCGGUACCUGGAGCAAGUGGCCCGGAUGCUCGACCUCCCUUUCACCUUCCAGGGGGUUGAAACCGCUCCAGAGGAUUUCCAUCCGUCAAUGGUGGAAGUGGAGGAAGGGGAGGAGGUAGUGGUGCUAGGCAAAUGGUCCCUCCACCUUUUCCCAGACGACUCAGUCCUGCGAUCAAACCCCCGAAACGCCCUUCUCAAGUGGAUUUUCGACCUCUCUCCACUCCUCUUCCUGCACAUCGAUCUUGACUCGGAUGCCAACGGGCCCUUCUUCCUCCCUCGCUUCCAGAACGCUGCGCGCAACUUCGCAGCGAUCGUUGAGUCCCUGGACACAAACCUCCCGCACUCCGCCGCGCCGCGGCAGGCCUGCGAGGCGUUUCUGGCGCACGACAUGGUGAACAGUGUUGCCUGCGAGGGCACGCACCGGUGGCUCAGGACCGAGCGGCUGGAGCAGUGGAGGAAAAGAAUGGAGGCAGCAGGGUUCCGGCCGAAGCCGCUGCAUGCGGAGACGGUGAGUGCGAUGCGCGCGGUUACGGAGGGAAGAGAUGGGCGGUUUGAGCUGAAGGUGGAUGAGAGGUGGUUUGGGGCAUCGGCGGAGCUCAGGUGGCGAGGCACUCCCACUGUGUUUGUGGCCGCAUGGCACUGA